AUGGCUGAAAAAGAGCAAAUAGAGAAAAUACAAGAACUAUUACCACAAUUUUCCUAUAAUAAAAUUUUAUGCUUGUUAAAAGAAGCUGGCGAUGUCAUUGAACGAGCUUUGGAUCUUAUCAAUUUGAACGAUUCGAUUUCGAAAAGGCAAUCACCUGUAUUCGCUUAUCAAACUUCUGACUUAUCACAAAAUUUUUAUCGAAUUACAUCGAAUAAAAUGAAGAUUAUAGUUGCUGAAGAAGGAUUACCUAGUGAACAAAUAAUUUUCAAUAUCACUCAGACACUUUCCGAUUGCAACUGCAAAAUAAUUCAAGUUAAAACUCUCAGGUAUUGUCUUCAGGCUGAAUAUGAAGAAAAAUUUGCUGAAUUACCAGUCGACAUUGAAUUCUGCGACAGUUUUACCGCUUAUAAGGCAACAAUUGAUUUUGUGCGAUCAUUUAUUCAAGAGACGGGAACUGCACAUGACAACGUAGAAUUCACAUCGUUGGCGUUCGGGAAUAUGCCAAACUGUGGAUUAUUUUUUCUGGAAGGGGAAUAUUUAGCUGAGAAAAUAAACUUGCAUGAUAUUCUUGAUAUAGGUGAAUUGUCUUCAUGGGCACAUUUUGAACACAAUACAAGAAGAAUACUGACUUUCUACUUUACUAUCAAAAAUGAUACAAUAUCGAAAGAUGAUUCGCAAUAUGUUGGCUUUAAGCUUGUGUGGAUCGUUCACUGCGAUUCAGAUUCUGAUGAAAAAUCUGAUUAUAUUUUCAUACAUCUCAAGUAUCCGCCUCAAUUCUUAUUAAAAUAUGCAAGCAGCCUUAAGGAAGUUUUGGCUAGAUCGCAAUAUAUAUGCUUUUCACUUCGCAAAGAAGCUAAACAAAUGUUACCGAAUGAAAAUUUCUGGAUCAACGAAUCAAAUACGAAUAAGCAUUUUACUGCAAAUACGAAAAAAAUAGGAAUGUAUCAGAUUUGUUAUAAGAAUGCCAUAAUAAGUUUGCAAUCAACUUUUCAGCUAUUCGAAAUUCUUUCUGGUUGGAAAAAGCGGACGAAAAAUCGAAUCGUUUUUGGCGCUGUAAUGAAAGUACCACGAAGAGAACCGAAGAAUCGUACCUCCUAUGAAAUUGGACCUUUCAAGAAUGUUUGCCUACAUGUGAAGAAAGCAUUAAAUGCAACUUUAGCUACAGUCAAUAAAAGACGACAAAUCGCUUUGUUCAACGAUACUAUUCCACCGAAUUGCGUUUUUAUUCGAAAGAUUAUAGUAACUCCUCUUCGCAUUCUACUUUUUGCACCACAAAUUUCAGCAACUAAGCGAAUAAUUCGACGUUUUGGCGAAGAAAACGCUUUAAGAUGCGUUUUUCGUGACGAUAACGGUAAAAAAUUGGUUGAAAGCGAAUUUAGUUGUGGUCGAGCACAACGAGAUUAUUUUGCAUUAGCUUUUUUGGAUUCAUAUAGCAUUAAGACAUUACAAUUUUUUGGCUUGGUCAAACUCAUAGGUAAACGAAUCGCGCCAACUCUGUAG